AUGCUCAAAAGGAAGCUGAAAAAGCUGGGAAAAGGUGGAAAUAAUUCUAUAGCAGUCUGUCCCGCCCUUCCCCAAAAAAGAGAGCGGAGGCGCUCCCAGCCAAAGAGUGAGCCCGAACUUUACGCACAACUGUUGCUCAGAAGCACACCAGCGCUGCAAGAUCCUGGAACGCGAGGCUAAAGAAUGCAAACAUCCUUGUCAUUUGGAGGCUUAUUUUGAAGAAGUGAAUACAAAAAAAAAAAAUCGAAAAUGAACAUGCAAAGAGCAACAUUGUUUCUAUGUUCGAUGAUUUUGUACGUGGACGUCUGUCUAAGCCAGAGAGACUGCACAGGCGUGGACUGUCCUGUUCUCCAGAACUGCAUCGAAAAUGUUUUAGAAAAAGGCGCUUGCUGUCCUAAAUGUAUACAAAACGGCUGCACCUGUGAGGGCUACCAGUACUAUGACUGUGUGAAAGCAGGCUUCAGGGAUGGGAAAGUCCCAGAGGGGAAAUCUUACUUUGUGGAUUUCGGAAGUACCGAGUGCUCCUGUCCUCAGGGAGGAGGGAAGAUAAGCUGUCAUUUCAUUCCAUGCCCUGAAAUUUCCCCCAACUGCAUUGACAUUUUACAACCUGCAGAUGGAUGUCUGCAGUGUGGUCGUAUUGGCUGUGCCCAUGGCAACAAGAAGUAUAAAGCGGGGCACUCCUUUCAGAUAGAUCAUUGCCAAGUUUGCCACUGUCCAGAUGAAGGUGGAAGGUUAAUGUGCUCACCCAUCCCUGGCUGUGACCACCGCAGUGUUAAUAAGCCCAUGUCGGUAACAACUACAGAGAACAACAAUCCUUUGAGAGACUUUCGAGGCAAUCGCAACAGCCAACAAACGAGUCUUGCAGAACCAUUUUCCAAGCUGGUGAGGGAAAACACUCUACCGCUGUACAAGCAGGACCCACCCAGUUUUGGCACAGAGGAUUAUGACUAUACUCUGGCAGAGCCAACAUCUUCCACUAUCCAAAAUCUGGCCCAACCACUGGAAUCUACUACAUUACCACCAGCUUACCCAGAGUCAAGCUCCACUAGCCUCAGCUCUCAUGAUGAAAGGAGACACAGGCUACAAGAAGAAAGCCCAAACACACAAAGGAGCACAGAGGAUGAGGUUACUCAUAAUAUGGAUCCAACUACCACAGGAGGUGAAAACAAAACAUCAUCACCAAAGGCAACUACUGCCACACAGAUAGUGACCACCGGGCACCACAGGCCACAACAGGAAACUGGAGAAAGACCCAUGAAACAUGGCAGUCACAGAAACAGAGCGGGACAGGAUACUCUAAGAGACACAGCACGCACUGCGCGUACCAACAGCCGGCCCUUUGGCCACAACAGACAAAGUCAUGGCGACCCCCGUUCUGUCUCCAACAAAGGACAUGAAAAGGCAGUGGAGCACAGGCAGCUUAUUGGUAAAGAGGAACGACAGUUAUACCCUACAGUUCAAUUCAGUCCCACUAGAAGAGCUCCAGUCAGGAUGAGAGAGGAAGGCGAGGAGCAUCAAAGACAACCUCAAACACUCAGCAGCUAUCAGACUCGAGAUGCUGAGGCCUACACAGAAAUGUCUGCCAAGGAGCAGCUGAAAACCUGCUGUGAGACAGGGGCGAAAUGGGCUUCGGCUAAUGGUCACUGUAACAACAUGGAACCACCCGCAAAAGAUAUGCACUCGAUGUGCUUGACUGCCCAACAACAGUGUUGCCUCGGUUCCCUGAGAGAAAGUCGGUGCUUGGCUGGAGUGAAUGCAGCCAGAGCAGGAAAUAUGUGCAGAGAAGAUGCCAGCAAUAAAUGUGGGAUUGAUUAUUACAAGGAGUGCUGCACUUGCUGCUCCCUUGGGCUGCAGUUUCGCAGUGAGGGGCAUCGCUGCGAAGCCCACCACUACCUGGAUUUUCACUGCAGACACAUCUUUCUAACCUGCUGCGAGGGGGAGGAGGGGAGGACUGUGAAUCAAGAUGGCCGGCACACUAUCAGAGAAAGGCCUCCUUUGAACUUUACUCCACCACCAAAAAAAGUAUCGGACAACCCGUAUCGUAGAGAGGCCUUCUCCAUUGGUCAAGACCAGAAUGGGGAGAAUGCGGUGGAGAGUCCUGUUGAGGUGGAGGAUAUGGAUGAGUGUCUCAUAUAUGAGGGCAACAUCUGCCACCACAUCUGUGUUAACACAAUAGGCUCCUUCCGGUGUGAGUGUAACCCCGGGUAUGUGUUGCAAGAGGACGCCUUCUCUUGCGUGCAAGAGGCGGUGGAUGAGGAGAACAGACUGCAGGAGGUUGACAGAGCAGCAGUGGAACCCACCUCUCCACUUCCGUCGUCGGUCCUACUCGACCCCUGUGAAGGAAACAACAUCUGUGAGCAACAGUGCACUCCAGUGGGCGGACAGCCCCGAUGCUCCUGCUCGCCAGGAUUCUCUUUGAGAGCUGACGGACGCUCGUGUGAAGACACAAAUGAGUGUUUGUCUCCACAUGCCUGCCAGCUGAAUGAGCACUGCAUGAAUACUGCAGGGAGUUAUGUCUGUCAGAGACUGAUCACCUGUCCGCCUGGAUACCAGAUCAACAAUGACAUUUGUGAAGACAUCAAUGAGUGUGCGCAGAGAACCCAUAACUGUGGAGAUGGCUUUGAGUGUGUGAAUACAGAGGGCUCUUUCAGAUGCAACCCCAAAACUCGAUGUCCUGUGGGCUUUAGCCACAACAUGCAGGGCAGGUGUGUAGACGUUGACGAGUGUGGUGCUUUGACCCAGCCGUGCAGUCCAGGAUUUAACUGCAUCAACACAAUGGGAUCCUACAUUUGCAACAGAAAGAUAACAUGUAGCCGUGGCUAUCAUGCUAGUCCUGAUGGGUCCAGAUGUGUUGAUGUGGAUGAAUGUCAGAGCAACGAACAUCGAUGUGGAGAAGGCCAGCUGUGCCACAAUUUACCUGGCUCGUAUCGUUGUGAAUGCCGAACAGGCUAUCAGUAUGAUUCAUUCAGAAGGAUGUGUGUAGAUAUAAACGAGUGUUGGAGCUACCGAGGCCGUCUGUGUGCCCAGACCUGUGAGAACACCCCAGGCUCCUAUGAGUGCUCUUGUACCUCUGGUUUCCGCUUAUCUGGUGAUGGCAAGAACUGUGAAGAUGUGAAUGAGUGUCUGGCCAACCUAUGCAGUCAGGAGUGUGCCAACGUCUAUGGUUCCUACCAGUGCUACUGCAGACAAGGCUACUACCUUAAGGAGGAUGGCCACACCUGUGAAGACAUUGAUGAAUGCUCCCAAAGCAUUGGCCAUCUGUGCACCUAUAAGUGUGUGAAUAUUCCAGGCAGUUACAAGUGUGCUUGCCCUGACUAUGGGUAUACCAUGUCUCCAAAUGGACGAUCUUGCAGAGAUAUCGAUGAGUGUGCCACAGGGGCCAAUAACUGCUCCUUAGCUGAGACCUGCUACAACAUUCAAGGAGGGUACCGCUGCCUUUCUUUUAGCUGUUCGGCAAACUACCGAAAAGUGUCUGACACGCGCUGUGAGCGAAUCAGCUGUCCUAACUACCUGGAGUGUCAAAACUCUCCUCUAAGAAUCACCUACUACUACCUCAGCUUCCAAUCCAACAUCAUCAUCCCUGCUCAGAUCUUCCGCAUCGGACCCUCUCCUGUCUAUUCCGGAGACAACAUCAUUGUCAGUAUCACAAGCGGAAAUGAGGAAAACUACUUCAGCACAAGGAAGCUGAAUGCCUACACGGGUGCCGUGUUCUUAAACCGCCAAGUUCAGGGUCCCAGGGAUUUCCUAAUCAACGUAGAGAUGAAGCUAUGGAGACAAGGGACAUUUACCACCUUCCAUGCAAGGAUAUACGUCUUCAUCACAGGCAACUUACUUUAACAGCUGGAAUUGUGCUGUGGCCAAUAUGGACCUUUAAGCAAUUCCUUAGGACUCAUCUUUAGCGCUGUUUAACAAUACCACUGUCACUAAUGUCCAGCAGAAGUUAUUAUUAAAGCAUGGCUAUAGAAAUUAUGGAAAGAAGCUUUCUACUUUGUGCCACUUAAAAAUUACAUCUUUUCAAAAAAUAUUCAAAGUCUUAGUCAGAAACAACACAUUUGGGGAUAUGAAAUAUUUAAAUACCACAAAAAUGACGCUUUCUGCAAAAUCAUAGACAAUGACCAAGCUUCUGCCACUUUUUAUAUAUCCACUUUCAGCUGAUAUCAUUGCGUUAAAUGGCAAUUUGUAGGUUUAUAGCAUUGAUAAAAAUGAUUUGUGAACAGCUGUCCCAUUUCUUUUACUGUGUACUGCUGCUUUUGUUCUGUCUUUGAUGCAUAUGCAAAAUAUAUUUAAUCCUACAUUGUAUGUUACAUUUUUAUAUCUCUGUACCUCUCAGACAUAUUAUGGAUGGAUGUAUCAUAUUUUUUAUGCUAAACCCAUAAACAACAAAGUAUUUUAGUAAAAUAUUUAAAAACCA